AUGCCGAAGUGCAAAGAGAGCAAAGGAAAGGAUUGGUUGUACGAGCUUUGUCUUUAUGCGUGCUAUGUUGUGCCUCCUAUAUUUGAAAAAUGUCUCAUAAGGAGAAAGCUCAGCCGACUCAUUGGAGCUAAAAGCUCGAUUCUGCCUCCUCCCCUUUCUUCUCACUUGACUGGUGAGCUAUUUACCAUCAACACUGCAGUUCCUUUUCGGGCAGCUGUAGGACGGAGCCGAGCAUCCCCUCAUGUUUUUACUGAGAUUCUUGAAAUGAAGCCAGGAGCACUUCCAAUGGGUUCAAAAGCAGUUGAAGAUUUAAUAGAGGCUUCAUCAGGUGCCCAUUUUUCUGGAUUUCACUUAGAUAAUGGAGAGCCAGGUAUUUCACAAGUGGAGCAAACAAAUACCUCUACCACUGAAAAUAUCAAGCAACCUUUCGUGAUUGGAGUUGCUGGAGGUGCAGCUUCUGGGAAGACUACAGUUUGUGAUAUGAUUAUUGAGCAGCUACGCGAUCAGCGUGUUGUACUUGUUAACCAGGAUUCUUUUUAUCACAAUUUGAACCCAGAUGAACUUAAAAGAGUUCAUGAAUACAACUUUGAUCAUCCUGAUGCAUUUGACACUGAGCAAUUAUUACAUAUUAUGGAACAACUGAAGCAUUUCCAAGCUGUAGAUAUUCCAAAGUAUGACCUUAAGAGUUAUAAAAGUGACGUCUUCCCUGCUCGAAGGGUAAAUCCCUCUGAUGUUAUUAUUUUGGAAGAUGCUGAUGUACGCCUGGCAAGGAGAAUAAGGCGUGACACAGUCGAAAAAGGUAGAGAUAUUGGUACGGUACUUGAUCAGUACUCAAAAUUUGUGAAGCCUGCUUUUGAUGAUUUCAUACUUCCAACAAAAAAGUACGCCGAUAUUAUCAUUCCUCGGGGAGGAGACAAUCAUGUUGCUAUUGAUUUGAUAGUGCAACAUAUUCAGACUAAACUUGGUCAACACGAUCUUUGUAAAAUAUACCCUAAUCUAUAUGUCAUUCAAUCAACUUUCCAGAUACGCGGCAUGCACACGCUAAUACGUGAUUCUCAGACAACAAAACAUGAUUUUGUCUUUUAUGCUGAUAGGUUGAUCCGCUUGGUUGUUGAACAUGGUCUCGGUCAUUUGCCAUUUACGGAAAAGCAAGUGAUCACUCCAACUGGAUCUGUAUACAUUGGAGUGGACUUUUGUAAGAGGUUAUGUGGCGUCUCCGUAAUUAGAAGUGGUGAAAGCAUGGAAAAUGCCCUGCGAGCAUGUUGUAAAGUUUCUGUCCAGCCCAUUGAAGAGUUGCCUCCAAAGCUUCAAGAUAUCAUCAAACUGUUCCAUGCAGUUCAAGAACCAAAGGCCAAGUAUGAACAGUUGUUGUUCUAUGGAAGAAAUUCGAAGCCUUUGGAAUCUCAAUAUAAAACAAGUGAAAAUAAAGUGCAGGGUUGUGUUUCGCAGGUGUGGGUCAGAGCAUAUCUUGACUGUGAUAAAAAUGUGAUCUUUGAGGCAGAUUCUGAUUCAGUUCUCACUAAAGGGCUGGCUGCUUUGCUAGUUCAGGGUCUUUCUGGCCGGCCCGUGGAAGAGAUUCUGAGGGUUUCACCGGAUUUUGUGGUGCUUCUUGGGUUGCAGCAGAGUUUGACCCCGUCUAGGAAUAAUGGGUUCUUGAAUAUGUUGAAGUUGAUGCAGAAGAAGGCUCUGCAAUUGUAUGUGGAAAGUGAAAAGGAUGGUAAUUCAAGCAAUAAAUUAGCAGAAAAAAACCUGGCUCAGAAUUCAGAUUUGAGGUUGAAGAAUGAUGGUGGAAAUGGUAAAUCAAAUGUUAAAGAAAGUCCCAGUGCUUUGGAGUCUGGUGUGGGUAAUGUUAGUGUAUUAGGGAAUAGAGGGACGUGGAUAAAGGAGAAGUUGGAGAAAGAGCUGAGACCUAUUGAAUUGGAAGUUGAGGAUAUAUCAUACCAGCAUGCAGGUCAUGCUGGGGUUAAGGGAAGCAAUGGGGAGACACAUUUUAAUGUGAAAGUGUUUUCUGAAGAAUUUGAAGGCAAGAGCUUGGUUAAGAGGCAUAGAUUAAUUUACAGCUUGUUGCAAGACGAAUUGCAGAAUGGUCUACAAGCAUUGUCAAUUGUGGCAAAGACACCUUCUGAAGUUGAUCCCCAAUGA